AUGGGGUCCGUUAACAGUGAAAAACAGAUUGAAGAAACGACUAUGUUUUUUGAUCGUACAGCUGAGCGACUUAAAAACGGCCUCACUACAACAUUUCGAAAUUGGAUAAAGAGAGAUGGUUCCACUGAAUUUAAGCCUGAACUAAAUCGUUACCAUCUCUACGUGUCAUAUGCUUGUCCAUGGGCACAUCGUGCAUUAGUUGUUCGAAUAUUAAAAGGACUUGAACAUGUUAUAUCUUAUUCUACAGUUCAUUGGUUUCUCGAGGAAGGAGGCUGGAAGUUUACAAAAGAAUAUCCGGAUCCACAUCAUUCUGAAGAUUUUACUCACUUAAAAAAUGUUUAUACGUUGAGUGAUCCAAAUUAUGACGGGAAUAUAACCGUGCCGACACAAAAAAUUGUCAAUAAUGAAUCAUCUGAGAUAAUCCGUAUGUUAAAUAGUGAAUUUAACGAAUACGCAAAAAAUUCAUUAGAUCUUUAUCCUGAACAACUGCGUUCACAAAUCGACUCAAUAAACGAUGAAGUAUAUCCAAAACUAAAUAACGGUGUUUACCGUGCUGGUUUUGCUAAAAAUCAAGAAGCAUAUGAAAGCGCUUUUAAUGAUGUAUUUUAUAUGUUAGAUAAAAUAGAAGCCAUAUUAUCAAAACAACGUUAUUUAGUUGAUAAUAAAAUAUUGACAGAAGCUGAUAUUCGUCUCUGGACAACAUUGAUCAGAUUUGAUCCAGUAUAUGUGACACAUUUUAAAUGCAAUAAAUAUUUGGUGACAAAAGACUAUCCAAACAUUUAUGGUUAUAUGUGUGAAAUUUAUCAAAUGAACGGAAUUAAAGAGACCGUUAACAUGUUUCAUAUUAAAAAUCAUUAUUUCCAGAGCCAUACGCAUAUUAAUCCAACAAAAAUAGUGCCACUUGGUCCUGAAAUCGAUUAUACAAAACCACAUAAACGCGAUAAAUUCUGA